AUGGCGCUCCUAGACUCCCUGAGACUUCUUCAGAUUGUUGUCCUUUUGCUUGCCAUUUCAUUUGUCUAUCUUGUUUACAUUUCAAUAUAUCGACUGUUCUUUCAUCCACUUGCGAAUUAUCCGGGACCGCUCCUUGCAAAGCUUACGACCUGGUAUUCUGCGUACCACAAUUAUGUGAACGAUGUUCACAUUGAUAUUUUGCGGUGUCAUGCAGUCUAUGGAGAUUUUGUUCGUUACGGACCGGACAGACUUGUGAUCAAUAGUGCAAAUGGAUUUCAUGACAUCUACGGCCAUGCCAAAAAUAUCGCCAAGUCCAAGGCUUACUGGGCGCUCCUGGGUAGGGAGGAGAAGUGGUCGGUUUUGACUGCUUGGGACAAGAAGGUGCAUGGGCGGAAACGGCGCGUGAUAGCUCAAGGAUUCACCGAAGCUGCGGUCCGGGGAUAUGAGCCCGUCAUCAAGGAGAAUAUCACCAUUCUGUGCAAGAGACUACUGGCAAGCGACGGCAGAGAUGCUGCACCGGAAGCGUCAAGUGCAUGGAGUCUCCCGUUGGACAUGUCAAAGUUCGCGAAUUACCUUUCUUUCGACAUCAUGACCGACGUUAUAUUCAGUGUCAAACGCCACCUGAUCGAAAAUCCCGAUUAUCGCUGGAUCACCUCUUGCAUUGAGAGUAUGAUGAAUCGCAUUGGCGUCGUCUCUAUGGUACCCUGGACGAGGUGGUGGGGCCUAGGGCUUCACUGGGCCAUUAAGCCGGACGGCGUACGAGCAUAUUUGCGGUUCCAUGACGAAGCCGAAUACUUUGCCAAAGCAAGAAUGAAGCAGCAGCUUCCUGAGGGCAGGAAAGACGUCUACCAAAAUUUACUGAACGCGAAAGACGCACAGACUGGAGAGGGCCUGCCGCUGCCCGAGUUGCUGGCCGAAACGGGAUUGUUGAUUGUCGCGGGCUCCGAUACGACCUCAUCCGCUCUUGCUGGCAUAUUCUUUUACCUGUCGCACAAUCCUUCCGUCUACGCCAAACUCGCCCACGAAGUCCGCACCACCUUUCCCUCUGUAUCAUCCAUUACCCACGGACCUGAACUUCGCUCCUGCGUCUACCUCCACGCCGUUGUCGACGAGUGCCUUCGCAUGUGUCCGCCCGUCUCUGCGGCUCCAUGGCGCGUCGUUCUCGAGGGCGGCCAACGCAUCGAUGGUCAUGAUAUACCCGAGGGCACUGAAGUCGGGACAGGCCUGUACUCCCUCAUGCAUAAUCCCGCAUAUUUUGCCGAACCUUUUAAAUUCAACCCUGACCGCUGGAUUGAGACGGAACCCAAUCCUGCCGCAAACAUUGAAAUCCAACGGAGGGCGUUCGUGCCGUUCCUGAGCGGCGCGAGAAUGUGUGCGGCGAAGAACUUGGCCAUGGCUGAGCUGCUGAUAACGACAGCACAGGUAUUGCACACGAUGGAUUUCAAGGUCGCUGACGGCCCUGAGGGGAAAGUCGGCCAAGGUACGGUGGGGAUGGGUGUCGGGCGAGAACGGCCAGAGGAGUUUCAACUAUACUCGCAUUUUGUCACCGUGGCUAAACAUGGCCCUAUUCUACAGUUUCGUAGAAGGGACGCAGACUGA